AUGACUGCUUAUCGCAAGUUAGUGGGUGAAGUAGCCGAAGAAUACGGCUUUGAAAUAACGGAGAGACAAAUAAGAAACCAUUUCGAUCGUUAUCGAGCAAAAGUCAUAUCCAAAGGCAUGGCAUUUAGACGGAACGUCAACGCCGAGAAACGAUAUCGAACAGCAACUGGUGGUGGCAUUACACCCGCAGAUGAGGCUUUUGCGAAUAAAAAUCUCCAUUCGAUUAUGUCAUGGAGGAAGAAUUAUGGAGAUUUUUAG